GUGGAUGCUUCGAGGGGUUCUUACUGGAAGGUCAUGCUUUCAUGGGACUUGUGGGGCAAGGUAUGAUAUGGUUUAGUGUCGUGUUCUUUAGACCUACGUGAAUGUGUGGCCCACCAGUUGCUUCAGACCGGAAAGCGGACUUCCGACGACUCUUGACUCCUGGAGCCUAUGUGGUCUCGGCUGCAAGGCUUGCACAGGCCAGUUGUUGCUGCGGCUGUCUCCUUGCCAAGCUUAUGGCACGGAGGAGCUUCACCUUCAAGUCCGCGUAGCAUCAUCCAAUGUCAGGAGACGCAUUCAGCAACCGAGCGUGAGGUUGCUGAGGCCUUUAUGCGGGCAGCAGCAAUGUCUGCCACGGCAGGCAUCCGUCUCCAACACGGAGGACCCUUCGGAGCAGCUGUCGUCCGCAAUGGUGUAGUCAUAUCCUGCGCUCACAAUAUGGUACUUGAAAGGCAAGAUCCGUGCUGCCACGCGGAGAUGAAUGCCAUCCAGCAAGCAUGCCAGGCACUUGGCUCGCAUGACCUCUCAGAUUGUGAACUCUACACCACUUGCGAACCGUGUCCAAUGUGCUGGGGAGCAGUACAAUGGUCAAGGCUGGGGCGUGCAUUUAUUGGAGUUGAUCGCCAUACAGCCGCAAAGUACGGCUUUGAUGACAAGGUGUUCUACGACGAAAUUGAUUCCAAAGCAGGGCACUAUGGGAUCCGGAGGACUGGAUACAUUCCGGAUACUUCAGCUGGCUACAAUCCCCAAGGAGAGCGAGUCUUCAAGAACAUGGUUGACGUUUACGAUGGCAUCCUCAAAGAGGAAUGUGAGUCAUUUUUCAAAGAUCUCUCUGUGAAUCGAACUAUGCGGCGGCGAUUUACUGGAAAGGGUGGUGACCAGGUUCAGAGCGCAUACAAAUUGGUUUUCAGCCGAGAGUCACAGCUUCGACCCCCUCCAGCUGGAGAGAAAGAACCAGAAGAGCACGAGAAGUUUAUGCGCCUGGCGAUGGCCGUUGCUGCACGUGGUGCGAAAGCCGGACUUGCCAAGGAAAGAGAGUGCUUCGGGGCGGUCAUCGUAAAGGAUGGUGUAGUUCUCUCAGAGGCGUGCAACUGUGUUCUUUCAGACCGAGAUGCAACUGCGACAGCAGAAGUCAAGGCUAUCAGGGCUGCGACAGCUCACAUUGGCUCGCACAACCUCGAGGGGUGUGAUUUGUACACGACUGCCCACCCUGACUUGAUGUCUCUAGGUGCAAUUUUGUGGUCUCGCAUAUCUCGAGUCUAUUGCGGCGUAACACAGCAGUUCGUUGCUCAUUGUGGCUUUGAGGAAGGCUAUCUUCAUCUAAAGGAUCUCUUGGAGACAGAUACUGGAGGUGCCUAUGUGACACAAGUGAUUCCUGGUGUCGCAGCCAAUGAAUGCGAGGCAGUAUUCAAGGAGUGGUCGGACAGAAACGGCGUGAUAUAUUGACCUGACAACAUGGUCUUUUGUGCAUGUAGGAUGCUUGUAAAAUCGUGCAAGCAUCGGCAAUGCGGGUAUUUAAAUGCCCUUACUUUACGGUAUGAAGAACAGUUUUCCAUGCCUCGGAGAAAACCAUGUCCGCAG